CUCAUGUGGGCUGGAGGGGUAUUCGGACUGACUCCUUGAAAUACAUUGCCCACUUGUCAAACCGUCCUCCUCUUCACGAACAAUCACACAAUCCUGAGUCUCACGCUCUCUUGCCCCUAAGAUACUUUAAAGCCAGCACCUUCACUGUUAUCUCACACAGAUCAUUCAACCUCGCACACAAAACAAUGGCUCCAGGAGGACCACCAGGUGCCGCAGGUCGUGGCCGCGGAGGCAAAUUCAAGAAGUUCACCAGAGGUGGCGGCAAGCAUUUCUCCCGUAACCUUCGACCCCUCGACGCCGACGGAAACGAGAUCAACGAAAAGAACCCCGACGCAAGCUCAUCCUCCGAUGAGGAAGAAGACUCGGAGGAGGAGUCCUCCGAAGAGGAAAAUGCCAACAAGCCCACUCUGACCCGUGAGGAGCGUCGCGCUGCCGCAAAGGCGAAGAAGGAGGCCGCUAUCGCUCGCAAGAAGGGUACAGUCGCACAACCGGGUGAUCUGCCGUCUAGCUCUGAGGAGGAGAGUGAGGAUGAUAUGCCUGCCAACCCGAAUCAUUCAAAGGCUGCCAGGAAUCAGGCGAUGGCUGCGCCGGUCACUGUGGAUGAAGCUGCUGAGGGUGUCAAGGAUUUAAGUGUUGCUGGGAAGGGGAAGGGAAAGCCUCCGGCGGAGUUGAGUCGCAGGGAGAGGGAGGCGAUACAGGCGCAGCAGGCGAAGGAGAGAUAUCAGAAGUUGCAUGAGGCUGGCAAGACAGAUGAAGCGAAGGCGGAUCUUGCCAGAUUGAAGCUAAUUAGGGAGAAGCGAGAGGCCGAGGCAGCACGGAAGCAGGCCGAGAAGGAAGAACGAGAGGAGGCUGAGAAGGCAAAGAAGGCAGAGAUUGAUGCGAGGGAGGCGAAGCGACGAGAGGCCGCUAUGGGCCCCGCGAAAGGCAAGGGAAAGGCAAAGAAGUAGAGAGAUCUAUACAAGUUUCCUUUCGUUAUAGGUUACGACCGCAACGGCUUUCAUUGCAUUAUUGGCAUACUGGCAUAUCUUUUUGCGCUUCUCACAUAGAAGAAUACCCAGCAUUGUGUAGAAUCUAUGCAAUCUGUGCCUCUGAAAUUCAUCAACUUCCUUGAUGUGCACAGCUGCAUAGAAGAUCAACAUUGCGUACUAAAUUGGAUUUCUCUCCUAAGAUUUCUUAGCCGGGAUAUUUCUGGGAAAUAACAUGCAAGCAAUGCAUUCGAAAUGCAAAUUCCCGAAACUCGGG